AUGCCUGACUUGAAAGAUAAGGUUGCUAUCAUCACGGGACCUCUGCAAUCUGUGCCAAAGACCCUUACCAUUUUUCCAACUCGAUGCCACUUGAAUCGACUUAGUCAAGUGAAUGAUACCUGUGUUCUUGCCCCUCCAGGUGCGAGCUCCGGGAUCGGGAGGGGGACAGCUGUGGAAUUUGCCCAGCUGGGAGCGCACCUGGCUCUGACUGGGAGGAACCAGGAAAACCUGCAGGCCACAGCAAAGGCCUGUGUGGAGGCAGGGACUCCACAAGACAAGAUUCUGCUUGUGACAGGAGACAUCUGUGAUGAACAAGUGCAGAAAAACCUGGUGGAACAAACUGUGCAGAAGUUUGGCAGGAUAGAUGUCCUGGUAAACAAUGCUGGUACUGCCCACCUGGCAACCAUAGAGACAACAGAUAUGGCAGAAUACGACAAACUCAUGAACGUGAAUGUACGCAGUAUUGUGGCCCUGACUCAGCUGUGUGUACCACAUCUCACAGUAACAAAAGGUGCCAUUGUGAAUGUGUCCAGUGUCAACGGGAUGCGAGCGUUUGCCGGGCUUCUGGCCUACUGUAUGAGCAAGUCAGCUGUGGACCAGUUCACAAGAUGUGUGGCUCUUGAACUGGCUUCCAAGCAAAUCAGAGUCAACUCUGUCAACCCCGGAGUGAUUAUAACUAAUGUUCACAAAAGUGCAGGUUUGGAUGACGAAACAUAUGCCAAGUUUCUGGAACAUUCCAAGUCGACCCACGCCCUGGGUAGGGUCGGGGAAGUUUCAGAAGUAGCGAAGACCAUCGCCUUCCUGGCCUCUUCGGAUGCAUCCUUCAUUACUGGGGCUCAGAUCCCCAUAGAUGGUGGCAGGCACGCCAUGUGUCCGCGUUAAACUACUCAGCUUAAAAAGCAAAGCAUACCACACAAUAGAUGAUUUUUGGCAUUUGAUACUUGAUACAGCGUUGAUCAGACUUAUGUAGGAUUCAUUGCUAUUGUUAGGCCUAGGGCAACCAAUUCCAGAUGUCGACGAUAAAUUACACAGCCCAAAAAGCAAAACAUACCUAUAGGAAUAAAUGCCUGGCAGUGGUUGCUUUUGGCAUUUGAUGCUUGAGACAAGGAUUAUCAGACUUAUGAAGGCUUCAUCGCUAUUGUUAGGGCAACUAUUUCUAGAUGUAGAUGGUGGAAGGCAUGCCCACGAUAAAUUACACAGCACAAAAAGUGAAAUAUACCAAUAGCAAUAAAUGCCUGGUAAUCGUUGCUUUGUGCAUUUGAUACUUUAAACUUAUAUAAUGACUAUCAGACUUAUGUAGGAUUCAUCGCUAUUGUUUGGGCAACUAUUUCCAGAUGUGGACAGAGGAAGGUAUGCCAUGUGUCCACAAUAAAUUACACUGCAUGAAAAGCGAAACCACGCAAUAAAUGCCUUGUAAUAGUUACGUUGUUUUUGGCAUUUGAUGCUUUAGACUUAUAUCAUGGUUAUCAGACAUAUGUAGGAUUCAUCGCUGUUGUUAGGGCAACUAUUUCCAGUUGUGGACAUUGGAAGUCAUACCAUAUUCACUGUUUACCUGUGUGGAUACAGUGUUGGAUAUGUAUAUUGAAUGGAUUCUCUCUCCAAAUUGGUAAAGCUGCAUCGAAUUAUGUACUAUUGAUAAGUAGAUAUGUUGGGCUGAUGUUUUUUGCCAUAAUGUGUUAGCCCAAGUGCUGAGUUCUGUAUACUAGUUAUAUUUUAAGGUAAAUACCUUAGGAGCUGAUACACACAUAUAAGCACAACACAGUGGCAGUUAUAACUUAUAAGUUUCUGUUUGAUGUGAGCAUGCGUUGUGUGGUGCAUUGUGGGUAAUGUGUCAAAGUUCAAAACCCCCAGUGAUUUUUAUGCGUUGCCAGGGGCAUUAGACCCUAGUGUAUCAAUGUGACAAACCAAUGUGACUUUGGGAAUGGAAACAUUUUUCUUCACACAUUAAAGAAACAUCACAAACAGAA